CGAUUCCCAGGGCACAUGAGGGAAAGCCAGGACACUGGAGGUCCUGAGCAAGGAACUGCUGGCAGUGGACAGAAAUCAAAGAGCCAGCCACCUGGAUCUGGCCAGAUCUCUGGCUGUGAAGGACACAGGAUUAGGCAGUGUGGACCUCCACCCUGCCCACAGCCAGGGCUGCCCUGGACGGCCACCUGCAGGUCCACAGCUGACUGGGGAAUGGUGCUGAGCUGGGGGCUGCUCCUCCUGGCCCUGCUGGCCCUGUGGGGGCCCAGGGUCGCAGGGGCAGAAGAAACCGUCCCACUGCAGACGCUGCGCUGCUACAACGACUACACCAGCCACAUCACCUGCGGGUGGGCGGCCGCCCGAGCCGCCCAGGGGCUCCUCAACCUGACCCUGCACCGCAGCGUGAACGGGGACCCGCCGCAGCCAGUGUCCUGUGGCCUCAGUGAGGACACGCCCUCGCCAGCCUGCCCGGCUGCCCCGUGUGUGCACAGAAGCUGCUGCAUCCCGUACCAGGACUUCCUCUUCACUAAGGAGGACUACUACUUCUUCCAGGCAGACCGGCCUCUGGCCGUCCAGCUCUCGGUGCUGCUGACCCAGCACGUCCAGCCGCCCCCACCCAAGGACCUGCAGAUCAGCAAGGCCAGGGACCAUUUCCUGCUGACCUGGAGUGUGGCCCUUGGGGACGCCCAGACACCCUGGCUGGCGCAGGGGGACCUGGAGUUCGAGGUGGUCUACAGGCGGCUCAGCGACUCCUGGGAGGAUGCCACCAGCCUCCGCUGCAGCUCCUCCCAGGCCGUCUUGGAGGCCGAGCGCCUGGUGCCCGGCAGCACCUACGCGGCCCGGGUGCGCACGCGGCUGGCCCCGGGCUCCCGCCUCUCGGGCCGGCCCAGCCAGUGGAGCCCCAACAUUCUCUGGGACUCGCCGCCAGGGGACGAGGCCCAGCCCCGCAACCUGCAGUGCUCCUUCGACGGGGCCCACGCGCUGAGCUGCUCCUGGGAGCUGCGGGCGCCCGUGGCCAGCUCCCUCUCCUUCGGCCUCUUCUACAGGGCCGGGCCCCAGGCGCGGGAGGAGGAGUGCUCCCCGGUGCUGAAGGAGGCGCUCAGCAGCCUGGAUGCCCGGCUCCGCUGCCGGAUCCCGGUGCCCGACCCCGCGGCCAGCGGGCUGUACGUCGUCUCUGUCCACCCGCGCAGGGAGGGGCGGCUCAUCAAGAGCUCGGAGCACAUCAAGAUGGUGCGCCCGACCCUCAGCGUGACCAGAGGUGGAAGCAGCUACGGCCUUCGCUGGCAAGCAGACGCGAGGAAGCUGCUGGAGCCCACCUUCCAGGUCCAGCACAGGAGGGACACCGAGCCCUGGGAGGACAGCAAGACAGUGACCCUACGGAGUGCCCACAGCAUGGCCCUGCCGGCCCUGGAGCCCUCCACCAAGUACUGGGCCAGGGUGAGGGUCAGGCCCACCCCCGGCGUCUACAACGGGAUCUGGAGCGAGUGGAGCCAGGAGCAGUCCUGGACCACUGACUGGGUGCUGACCACGUGGGUGCUGGCGCUGGUCCUGGUCAUCGUCACCCUGCUCUUGCUGCUGGCGCUCCGCUUCUGUGGCAUCUACGGGUACAGGCUCAGCAGGCAGUGGCAGGAGGAGAUCCCCAGCCCUGGCAAGAGCCGCCUGUUCCAGAACGGGAGCGCGGGCCUCUGGCUCCCAGGCCGCCUGCAGGCUGCCCCCCACUGGAGCCCCCCUCCCCAGGGACCCUGGGACAGCCUCUUCCCUGAGCUGGAGAGUGCGCCCUCUGCCGACUUUGGAGACUGCGAGGUGUCACCUCUCACCACAGGGGAUGCUCACGCUGUCUGCAGUCCACCCUCCGGGCCCAGCACCACCCCAGCUGCCUCGGGCCCGCACCCCGGGCCGCCCCCCAACCCCCCGCCGGGACCACCAGCCCCCUCGGGCAGGCCUGCCAACCGGCUGCCCAGCUUCGACUUCAAUGGCCCCUACCUGGGGCCGCCCCUCAGCGGCUCCCUGCCUGACCUCCCGGGCCAGCCGGCGCCUCCCCAGAGCCACAAGCCAGCACUGGCAGGCUCCCUGGAGUACCUGUGCCUGCCCCCUGGGGGACAGGUGCAGCUGGUCCCCCUGGCUCAGGUGACAGGGCAGGACCAGGCUGUGGAUGUGGGGCAUCAGCCCAGCCCGGUGGCCGAGGGGAGCCCCUCCCUGGAGUCCAGGGGAGGCCCCGCCCCUCCCGCACCCGGGCUGAGGGUGGGUGCGCGGGACCCGGAGCCCAGCCCGGCCCCUCUGCCCGUGAGCUCCGGAGACCCCGAGGUCCCCGGCGUGGCCUCUGCCUAUGUCACCACAGCAGACCUGGCUCUCGCCCUGCCCUCGGGGACCCCAUCUGCCUCCCCUGCUCCCCCUCUGGGCCUCCCCUUAGUGCACAACCCGGGCCUCUGUCCUGGGCCGCCAGGUGGGCCCCCUGGAACCCCAGACCCCGGGAAACCAGGGUUCGAGGGCUAUGUGGAGCUCCCUCCAACCGUGGGCCAGUGUCCCAGGUCCCCCCUGGGCAGUCCUGCCUCUCCUGUGUCCAGCACCCACAUCCCAGGGGAGCCCCGGGAGGAAGUGGCCCUGCCGUCCCCACCUGCCGAGGGGCUCCUUGUCCUGCAGCAGGUGGGUGACCACCACCUGCUCUCCGGUACUGGAGCCUGACGGCUCCCUCCCCAGGUCAGCUGCCCCUCCUGGAGAUUCAGGGUCACUCAGACUCACGUCCUGACUAAAACGUCCUUGUCUGUGCCUGUGUCAAGGGCCAGGUAAAAUGUCCCUCUUCCAAGCAAUGACGCCAGCACUGGCCUGUAGAGUGACCAAGCUGGGCGUGUGGCUGCCUCUCUACCACAGCUGGGGCCUUGGCACCCGCCUCCGUCCUUGGCCAUGCCCGUCCUUCCCUAGAACGUUCUGGUGCCCCGAGGAGGCCUGGUGAUGAAGAGUGCGGUUCUCCCACGGAGCCGAGUGCCUCCAAGCUGGUCAGGACAGAGUUCAGGGUCAGUGGCCUGGGCAAGGCCCGGGAGGGGGCACUGCCAGCGAGGCCCGGGUUGUGCUGAUGCUGUUGAGAACCCUGCCCUCCCGUCUGGAGGGGGGACUGGAGGAGCCGGCCUGCCGGGUCGUGGGGACGGAGGAGGGAACCACGGAACGGGAGACCCUUAGGGCAGGGAUGCAGGUGGACAGGAUCAUUGCACGUUUGUCAAAUUUUGUCGAGUGUGUGGCACCAAGGGCACACCCGGGUGGACACCAGGGGCCGUCUCUGCGGAGUUCCCUCCGUUGUAGCCAAUGUCCUGACCACUGACGGGAUGGACGGAGCCAGCCUCGUCUGUUGAGGCCCUGACCCUCAAGGCCCUGGGCUCAGGAGAGGAGGCCUUAGUGCCCAUGUGUAAGAGACCCCGGGAGACGCCGUGCCCUCCUGCACGAGCACACAGCGGGAAGGCCCCCAGGAAGCGGCCCUCCCUGGACACCACGUUCCACGCAUCUUACCUCCGCUUCAGCCUCCAGAACCGAGUCCCGCCUGUCUGCUGUUUAUAAACCCCCGAGGGUAUGGGUUUCCCUUUCUUUUGGAGAGGUCCAGAUGGACGUAGAGCACGGGGCGAGGACGCUGGUCACGGGGGAGGAAGGGCGGGGCUGGGCACGUGGGGACCUGUGGACCUUGUUCUCAAUUUGAUUGUGAACCUGAAACUCCUGUAAAAAGCUAUCUGCUCUAAAAGUGGCGUAAGCUGGGUGCAGUGGCCACACCUGUAAUCCCAGCGGCUCAGGGGGCUGAGGCAGGAGGAUGGCAAAUUCAAAGCCAGCCUCAGCAGUCUAGUGAGACCCUGUCU